AUGUCCCCGGGCGGCGGGGUGAAAAGCGAGUACAUGAAGCGCUACCGGGAGCCGCGUUGGGACGAGUACGCGCCGUGCUACCGCGAGCUGCUGCGUUACCGCCAGGGCCGCCGACUGUUGGAGCAGGCGCACGCGCCCUGGCUCUGGGACGCCUGGGGCCCGGAAGGCCUCGACAGCUCGGUCUUGUCCAGCUCGGUCUCGUAGGCCGCACCCCGGUGCGCGCCCGCCAAGCCCGCGGAGCCCUCGGAGCGGGAGGAACCGGAGCAGCUGGCCGGGGAGCCGAGCGCAGAGCAGCGGGGCUCGGAGGCCAGGGAUGCGGAGGCUGGGGACGUGGAGGCCGCGGAGGAGCACGACGCGGCGCUGUCAGCACUGCCAGUGAAAGAAGUAGAAGAAAAACCCGAACAAGAAACCAGAACAAAAGAGACCUCUGACAAGUUACCCGUCAGCGUCAAGCCUCGACAGCACCCAAGUGCCUUAUUUGCUAGAGAGAGUAAGAAAGCAGUCAGAAGUCCCCAAAGAUCAGCAAGUCAGAUAAAAGAAAACAAGCAUCCAUUUGCUCUUUAUGGCUGGGGAGAGAAACAGAUGGAUACAGGAAGCCAGAAGACCCACAACGUCUGUGCGGCUGCCUCUGUGCAUGAGAUUCAUGAAUCAGCAUUACCAGCCAAGAACAGAAGACAGGUGGAAAAAAGGAAAUUGGCUGCCCAGCGGCAGCGAGCUCACUCUGUGGACGUGGAGAAGAACAGGGAGGUGAAGGUCUCUGCAGAGAACCCGUGGGUGACAGAGUACAUGCAGUGCUAUUCAGCAAGAGCUUAGAGUCAGCUGCUGGAGCCUGACACAGGUUGAAGAAACCACCUGUUUGUGCAAGGCUUUUCUUAGGGAGUUUUCAGAAGAUUGUUUUAUUUUGGUUACUAUUGGUCACCUAGCUCAGCAGCAGAGCAGACAGUCGAAGAUAUAGACAUUUGGUUAUUUAUGAAGACAAGUCCUAAAUCUCUGAUAUUCUUGAAAGAGUUUUGUUAAAGCAUCUUAAUCUUUUAAAAUACUGACACCAAAUGCCUUUAAAGGGCUUCAGACACUUCCCAUUGACAUCCUCCUGUAGUGAACGCAGAGCCGGUUGUUUUCAUCCAGUUCUGAGCAAGCUGCAUUCCACAGCUCAUGGGAGUAUUCCAU